GCACCAGAACAUCGGCUACCGGCUCGGGCACCGGCGCGCGCUCUUCGAGAAGCGCAAACGCCUCAGCGACUACGCGCUCAUCUUCGGCAUGUUUGGCAUCGUCGUCAUGGUGAUCGAGACCGAGCUCUCCUGGGGGCUCUACUCCAAGGAGUCCAUGUUUUCUCUGGCCCUGAAAUGCCUUAUCAGCCUGUCCACCAUCAUCCUGCUGGGCUUGAUCAUUGCCUACCACACACGGGAAGUGCAGCAAUGCGUGCUUCGUAUGGCACUCGGAGAGGAGAAGCAGGAAGCCAGAGAUGGUGCUUAUCCCCACAGCAUGGAGUGGAGAAACUGUGAAGGGAAAAGAAACUCUGCUACUUGAGGGGUCAGAACAACCUGUAGGAACA